CGGACCUAUUUCGCAAAACUCCCUUGACUUCCUGUUUUUACUCGGAGGCAACAACGUGGGUCCAGUGCAGCUCACCGGUCUGGUGUGUAGUAGCAGGAUCAGUAUCAGUGUUAUGUGUAACCAGAGUCUGGUUCGCUCUCCACCAUGCAGAUCUCUAGUGUGAAUGACGUGAAGAUCUAUAAUCUCAGUCAUGGAAAGUCUCUUCCAGAGUGGCUGUCAGAUCGGAAGAAGAGGCAGUUACAAAAGAAAGAUGUUGACAUCCAGCGCAGGAUUGAACUCAUCCAGGACUUUGAGAUGCCCACAGUGUGCAGCUCUAUCAAAGUGUCCAGGGAUGGUCAGUUCGUCCUGGCAGCAGGCACUUACAAACCCAGGAUACGAUGCUAUGACACCUACCAGCUGUCUCUGAAGUUUGAGCGCUGUCUGGAUUCAGAUAUUGUGGCUUUUGACAUCCUAUCUGAUGACUACUCUAAGUUGGUGUUUUUGCACUGUGACCGCUACGUGGAGUUCCACUCCCAGCAUGGACACUACUACAAGACACGUAUUCCAAAGUUUGGACGGGACUUUUCUUACCACUAUCCCUCCUGUGACCUCUUUUUUGUGGGGACAAGUUCCGAGGUGUUCAGACUGAAUCUGGAACAGGGCCGCUUCCUCAACUCACUUCAGACUGAUGCUGUGGAAAACAAUGUGUGUGAUAUCAACCCCGUCCAUCAUUUGUUUGCCACAGGAACCUCUGAGGGACGGGUGGAAUGCUGGGACCCUCGUGUCCGGAACAGAGUGGGCACGCUGGACUGCGCCCUGAGCAGCCUCGCCGAAGGAGCAGAAGUCCAAAGUUUGCCUUCAAUUAGUGCGCUGAAGUUUAACGGCUCCCUCUCCAUGGCAGUGGGCACCAGCACAGGACAGGUGCUGCUCUAUGACCUGCGCUCCAACCAGCCGCUGCUGGUUAAAGACCACUUCUACAACCUGCCAAUCAAGUCACUCAACUUCCACGAUCAACUGGACCUGGUCGUGUCCGCCGACUCCAAGAUUAUUAAAAUCUGGAACAAAGACACGGGCAAGGCCUUCUCCUCCAUACAGCCUCAGACCAACAUCAAUGAUGUUUGCAUCUACCCUAACUCAGGGAUGCUCUUCACCGCCAACGAGGACCCCAAGAUGAACACGUUCUACAUCCCGGCCCUAGGUCCUGCACCUCGAUGGUGCUCCUUCCUCGACAACUUGACAGAGGAGCUGGAGGAGAGUCCCGAGAGCACAGUGUACGACGACUACAAGUUUGUGACCCGGAAGGACCUGGAGAAUCUGGGUUUGACUCACCUGGUGGGAUCGUCUCUCCUGAGAGCCUACAUGCACGGCUAUUUCAUGGACAUCAGGCUCUAUCACAAGGUCAAAAGCUUGGCCAAUCCUUUCGCAUACGAGGAGUAUCGCAAGGAUAAGAUCCGCCAGAAGAUUGAGGAGUCCAGGACCCAGAGAGUGCAGGUCAAGAAGCUGCCCAAGGUGAACAAGGAGCUGGCUCUCAAGCUGAUGGACGAGGGUGAUGACGAAGCAGAGCUUACUUCUAGGAAAAAGAAGGGCAAGGCUCUCCCCAGCGUCCUGGGAGACGACCGCUUCAAGGUGAUGUUCGAGAACCCGGACUACCAGGUGGACGAGCAGAGCGAAGAGUUCCGCCUCCUCAACCCCAUCGUCUCCAAGGUCGGACAGAAGAGGCAGAAGAAGCUGCGUCUACUGGCUCAGCAGGCUGCCGCCUCCCAAAAGGCGGAUGAAGACGACGAGGAGCCCGAGGGGCGAGCCAGCUCCGAGGAGGAGAGCUCCGACGACGACAAGAGCUGGGUGGAGGAGGUGAGGGAGCAGCGGAGGUUGAUUCGGGAAGAGGGCCGCGACCGCCGCCGGCUGCAGAGGAAGGAAGCGGACCGCAACACCGUCCUGCUGGAGAGGGAACAGAACGGAGGAGAGAAAACCUCAAACACGGCCGACAGCAAGAAGACAAGUCAGCCUCAGUAUUAUCAGAUCAAAGCCGGGGAGGAGUUCAGAAGUUUUAACGAUAUGGCCCGCAAGCAGCGACUACAGAAGGCUUCUUUGGAGGACCGUCUGAAGUUGGAGGAGAACUCUGGAACCAGCAGCAUGGCCGACACUGCAGUGGGCAGCAAGCAGCUGACCUUCACUCUCAAAAAGUCGGAGCAGCAGACGAGGCAGCAGCAGGCAGAGCGGGAGCACCACGAGGAGAGGAGGAAGCUGAGGCGCUCGGCCGGACACCUGAGCAGCGCCCGUGGCGGGAGAGGCAGGGGCGGCGGCUUCAGGGGCGGCGGCGGCGGCAGGGGCGGCGGCUUCAGGGGCGGCGGUGGCGGCAGGGGCAGGGGAAGGGGAGGAGGAGGAGGGAGAGGAGGAGGAAGAGGAGGGAGAGGAGGGGGAGGAGGAGGGAGAGGCCGGUACUGAGAAGGGCAGCCUAGUCCUCAUCCAGGGCCUUUUUGUCCAGAGGCAGUACCGACACAGUCAAGGUGUUGUAGUGGCUUUCAUUAACUCAACAUCAAGCAAGUUGAAGAAUACAGAUUUUUACACUCUAGAGACAAACUAGAGAUUCUGCACAAGUGGCAAAGACUGACAUUGACAGAUAAGCCUGCCCCUUUCCCCCGCUCCUGGGUGGUCUGUGCCAUGUGUUUAGCCGCUCUCUGCAAAUUCAGAGCACAUUAGAAAAGAUUAACUAUGUCGCCACCUGUGUGCUUACGCCAUUAUCCGAAAGUACCUCGACUACAUCCUCUUUUUUUUUAGCAGCAGCGGCACCAGACCUCCGUCUCUUUAGAGAUAUGAAGAGCUGAAAGGACUUGACAUGACCUGCCUUGUCUCAGGCGUCUGGUUUCUCACAGCUGCUCCUCAGUUGAGCCGACUAUUUCAGUUAAUGGAUAGGAAGGAAGUUAUGCUUGUGCAAAAAAAAAUGUAUUUUUUAAUGCUCUUUGUUAUUAAUGUAUAUUGUUAAGCCAACGCUGGAUUAACAACACUUGUACUAUAAAUUAUAUUUGGUACAACACUU